ACACUCCGCCAUUGAGGGACCCAUGAUCAGGAGGAAAGGGUCAGAGAGGCACUUCGACUAGCAGCAGUUGCACGUUUCUCCUGUCUUCAACCUCAACUUUGGCUUGAGCUACCACUUUUAACACUUGACUCACACUCUUGUCUCACUUCCCGUGGAUGAUUUUGGUUGACAACUGUGUGUAUCGUCACCACUAAGGGACGUGUUUUUAUCAGAUUCUAGAAGUAACGGGCAGCGGAGAACCUCAGCUAGCGGCAGCUAUAACGAGGCUAUAGCAGGCUAGCUAACGUUAGCUAGCGACCUGGCUAGCUGCACACGAGCUGAGCAUUGCUCGGUGGUGGGGUGGGUGGGGGAGCGGUUUACCUACAGUGUCGUUUGAUGGAUCCGAGAAUCGCCUGGUUUCAACCAGAACAACGUGGACCCGCUAACAACCUGUGGAUGCAGAUUUGGGAGACGACACAAGGGCUCGGGUACUUGCACGUAAAUAACAGCUACACCACUGGAUCUCUGAGCACGCCGAGCCUUAAAGUGACCGUCAACGGGGCGUCGGGAGCCGUCCUCACCAGCAGAAACGGGGCACUUGACUCAAACACCGGUAGCGGUGAAGCCAGGACUCAGGGGAUGUCGACCUUGAUGGGGAACGGAGAAAUAUCGGAACAGCGGGACUUUAUACCACUAGAAACCAAUAGCAACCACAACAACCGAGUCGCUGGCAGGGGCGGUGUCGGUGGAGGGGCGCAGGAGCAGGGCAGCGGGGUCGCUGUGCUUUGGAGGGGGCUGACGGACGGACACCCCAACAAAAGGAAAAGAGACAACAAAGCUAGCACUUUCGGAUUCAAUUCCAGCCUCUUAAACAGUGGCAGCGGCUCCAACACAGGAGACUAUGGUGGUUACACAGGCACGCCAUGGAAAGUCAGGAACUACUCAGAAGGAAUUGUAGGGUUACACGAGGAGGUCAAUGACUUCUAUGAGUACAUCUCCCCACGGCCGGAGGAAGAGAAGAUGAGACUGGAGGUGGUGGACAGAAUCAAGGGAGUCAUCCACGACCUGUGGCCCAGUGCUGAGGUCCAAGUGUUUGGGAGUUUCAGCACAGGUCUUUAUCUGCCAACAAGUGACAUUGACCUGGUCGUUUUUGGGAAGUGGGAGACACUCCCACUCUGGACGCUGGAAGAGGCUCUCCGGAAGAGGAACGUUGCAGAUGAGAACUCCAUAAAAGUUUUGGACAAGGCCACGGUUCCCAUCAUCAAACUGACUGACUCCUUCACUGAGGUCAAAGUGGACAUCAGCUUCAAUGUGAAGAGUGGCGUUAAAGCUGCUCGGCUCAUCAAGGAAUUCAAAGAGAAAUACCCUGUGCUGCCUUACCUGGUCCUGGUGCUGAAGCAGUUCCUACUGCAGAGGGACCUCAAUGAGGUUUUCACUGGUGGAAUAGGCUCCUACAGUCUCUUUCUUAUGGCUGUCAGCUUCCUGCAGCUUCACUACAGGGAGGAUGUGUGCAGUCCCAACAUCAACAUCGGUGUUCUUCUCAUUGAAUUCUUUGAGCUCUAUGGUCGCCACUUCAACUACCUGAAAACGGGUAUCAGGAUAAAAGAUGGCGGUUGCUACGUUGCCAAAGAUGAGGUUCAGAAGAACAUGAUGGAUGGCUACAGGCCCUCCAUGCUCUACAUUGAGGACCCACUGCAGCCAGACAACGAUGUUGGCCGGAGUUCAUACGGCGCCAUGCAGGUGAAGCAGGCAUUUGACUACGCCUAUGUGGUGCUCAGCCACGCUGUGUCACCCAUCGCCAAGUACUAUCCCAAUAACGAGACAGAGAGCAUACUUGGCCGAAUAAUCCGGGUAACGCAGGAAGUGGAUGAAUACAGGGAAUGGAUCCGAAAGAGCUGGGGGAGCCCGUCUCAGAAUGAUCUGCCCCUCAACAGAAAUGACGUCACACUGUUUGAGUCCCAGCAGCUGGAUGAGUGCAACAACAACGUUCCUGAUGAUGAUGAUGAAGAUGUUGCAGUUCUACCGUCGGCUCCCCACAGCAAAACUUCCUCCAACUCCUCCUCUCCAUCCCCUUCACUGCGCUCCUCUCCCUCCUCCUCUCCACUGUCGCCUUCUUCUACGUCCUCAACCGUCAGCUCCAGCGAUGCGGACUCUGAUGGCACGCCGUGUAAGACAGCCAAGCAGCAGCCUGGCCGGGUCUCCAGCGCUCACAGAGAAAAGCCUGCUGUUGUCAAUAAUCACCGCACACAGAGCCACACUACCAGCACUCCAUCUGGAAGUAACAAGGGAGGAAAGGCCAGGAUAUCUCGUUCUCACCUCAAGAGUGGCCACCACGGGCAGCAGAGCACCUCCUCCAGCACCAAAAGUCACCAGAGCAACAAGCCACACCACCAGGGCAACAGCAAGAAGAGGAAAAAUGUGCGAGACUCUACACAAGAAGACCUCUGCAGAUAGGGGUGACCUCGCCUGCCCCCUCCCUCGCCCCCACCCCUGUCCUUGUCUGCAACUGACUGACUGUCCUGUCCCACUUCUGCUGCCAGACUCCAGCCUCGGGAGGUUGUUAGAAGUAUUAAACAUCUACAGUAUCUGGCUCUCUGUCAAGCUUUUCGGGGCGACAAGCAACAAUUUCUAGCAGGAAAAAAAAAAAAGAACAAAAAAAAAAGAAUUGUUAUAGGAAAUGGGGUUUAAUUUCUUGGACCUGAACUGAAAUCACAAAGGAUAAAUGCUCAUUUGCUUCCCAACAGCUUCUUUUACGGAGGGGUUUUCCCUCCCACAGCCAGCACCUACACAACAUGCCUCUUGCGCCUCCUGCUGUACAGGAAUAGACAGGUCGGGUGUCUGGAAUAUACUCUGGAGCAAUACCUGGAACUGCUGGCUGGAAAAUAGGAUCAAAAAUUUUAUCGAAAAAAAAAAGAGAAAAAAAAGAAGAAAAGCAAAUGGCUUAAAAUGUACAAAAACAAAAAAAAUGUUAUGUUGAACAACAAACAUGUACACAGAUUUUUUUAAGAUGGUAACUUACAAAUGCAAUCAGUAAGAAUGGGACAUAACUUAUGCAUGAGAUUUUUUUUGUUGGUUGAUUUUUCUGUUGGUUUAAUAUGUUUUAUGUCUAAAAACAGGUUAUACAAAGAUUUGUACAAAAACGCAUAAGAAAAAAAAAGGUUAAAAAAAAUACAAGGAAGAAGAAAAUGUUUCGUAUUACCUUUUUACAAGAUAUACCGAUUGAAGACAUGUAAACAUGCACAUCUUGUGCCCGCAGCUUUUUGGCCAAAGCCAAGAGCUGGUUUGGGUCCCAUUGCCAACAUAAAUCAUCAGCAUCUACUUUUACUCCUGGUUGCUCUCUGUGAGUGUGCUACAAUGUUAACAUUUAGCCUUUAGUGAGCCAAUGCUCACAUACAGCCCUAUAGAUGACUGGAUGGAGUCUGGUCUCUCACCCAGCUCAAUAGCACAGCCACACCAGUGUAGAGGCUUUAAGACUACAGGUUUAAAUUAAUAAAGGGUGAUAAUGGUUUUAUUGAGAAAUCCUACACUUGAAAAAAAAAUGUUAACAAUACAACUGUGGGGGGUGAUCUGUUUCUUUGGUAAUUUACCCACUGUAAAAUCAUUUGUAUUUGUUAAAUGUAUUUAUUUUUUAUUAAUUAUAUGAACAUAGUAUGGAUAAAUGUAUUAUUAACAUUAGAGCCCAUAUCUUUGAGUCCUAUAUUUGUAAUAGGAUAAGUUGCGGGGAGGUGGGGUAGGAACAGAUAUAUUCAGGUACAGUAAAAUACCAUUACCAAUAUCAUUGUUUUUUUUUUUUUUUUUUUUUUUUUUUUUUUUCAGUGACAGUUGAGUGACCAAGUUAUUUGGAAAGUCUGAGAGACUGUUUUGCAAGUUCUCGGUGAGAAAUUAGUUUUAAUAUGUGGCUGGUCUACUUACUUUAAAAGGGAGCUGAUUUUUAUUUUAUUUUAUAAACUAUCAUCGCGACCCCUCCCCCUCCCCGUCAUUGCAGUACAACAACUAACCUGUAGAUGGAGUCAUCGCUCCAAGUCUGAAUCCACAGAGUUUGAGCUUGUAUACUGCAUUUGGAUGGUUUAUCUCAGCAUUUUGUUGUGUUUGUUUUGUUUUUAUGUGAUUGACUGAUAAUAUCCUGAUAUUUCAACUGAAUGAUCAGCUGCACAUAGAAAACCUGUUGAGCUGAGUGCUUGCUGGAGGGAGUAACACACCAAAGCACACCACAAGCCCCUUAUUGUCUCUCUCCCGAAUGUGACAACAAUCACCACAGUAAAACAAAUAAGGAGCCAGCAAUAACAACCACCUUACACUAUAUAUAAUUACUCUACAAUGACUACUGCAGCUACAGGAUUUCUUGCUCACCGCUGAGCAAGUUUAAUCGUCUGUGUUAAACAGUGAAGCACAUUUGAUAAGUCCGUGCACUGACUUCCAGCCUAUUAUUUUUGGUGUUAAAGUUGAAAGUACUGUUUCUUGUCCCCCUCAUCCUUCAGUGCUACAGGUUUAAAUGCAGUAUAUAAGCGCCGCUCUGGUGGUAGACGGACAAGGAGAGAGGUGAAUAAAGUUAGCCGUGCCAUCUGAAUGUCCACUGACCAUCUCUCUUCACUGCAGGAAGGCUUCAAACCCGACUGUACUCAUCUGAAACGGUGUCUCUCUGCAGCUAUUACAAUUCAUGCAAUAAAAACAGUACAGUUAAA